AUGUGGAGGGUUAACCUGUGCAAGGCCGGGAUACUGAAGAUCCCCACCUACCAGCCCUCAGCUGUGGAUGAAGAUGCCCGGGAACAAACUGAUGCGAACAGCCUUGUUGUGAAAGGCUUCCCGUCUCAGUCGAAAGCACUCUCGGUUGAAAUGAGGCGGUUGCGAGUGGAGGAUGGACUUUUUAUUGCUUUCCUUUCAGGAAUCGACUACAAAACCACUACUAUCUUGUUGGACGGCAGAAGGGUCAAGCUGGAACUCUGGGACACCUCAGGGCAGGGAAGAUUUUGCACCAUUUUCAGAUCCUACUCUAGAGGAGCCCAGGGCAUCCUCUUGGUGUACGACAUCACUAAUCGCUGGUCCUUUGAUGGGAUAGACCGAUGGAUAAAGGAAAUAGAUGAGCAUGCCCCCGGUGUCCCGCGGAUCCUGGUGGGAAACAGGCUUCACCUCGCCUUCAAGCGGCAGGUGCCGACGGAGCAGGCCCGGGCUUACGCGGAGAAGAACUGCAUGACGUUUUUUGAGGUCAGCCCCCUCUGCAACUUCAACGUCAUAGAGUCCUUCACGGAGUUGUCCCGUAUCGUCCUCAUGCGGCACGGCAUGGAGAAGAUCUGGAGACCCAACAGAGUGUUCAGCUUACAGGACCUGUGCUGCCGCGCCAUCGUUUCCUGCACCCCUGUCCACCUCAUUGACAAGCUGCCGUUGCCCGUCACCAUCAAGAGUCACCUGAAAUCCUUCUCGAUGGCCAACGGGAUGAACGCGGUGAUGAUGCACGGCCGGUCGUAUUCCUUGGCCAGCAGCGGGGGCGGGAGCAGCAGCAAAGGUAACAGCUUGAAGAGAUCCAAAUCCAUUCGUCCGCCCCAGAGCCCCCCACAGAACUGCUCACGCAACAACUGCAAGAUCUCUUAG